AUGAAUACUUUAGAAUUCUUCAUUUUAGCACUAUGUUCAGUUUUUUCAAUAUCAAUUAUUGAAGCAAGUAAAAUCGAAAGUGGUUUUAGCAUUGAUCUUAUUCACCGUGAUUCUGCUAUGUCACCCUAUUACAACCCAUCAAUGUCCACAUUAGAUCUAUUAAGAAAUGCAGAUUUACGUUCAAGUAGUAGACUUAAGAGAGUUUCACUUUAUCUGUUGUCAAAUGAAAAUGAAUCACCCGAAUCAAUUAUAAUUCCAAAUAAUGGUGAUUUUCUGAUUAGAAUUUAUAUUGGCACCCCCCCGGUCGAAAGAUUUGCUAUUGUUGACACAGGGAGUGAUCUUUCAUGGGUACAAUGUUCUCCAUGUGAGAGUUGUUUCCCUCAAGACACUCCACUAUAUGAAAGCAACAAGUCUUCAACUUUCACAAAUGUGCCAUGUGACUCACAAUCUUGCACACUACUUCCUACAAAUCAACACACAUGUGGAAAAUCAGAAGAAUGUUUAUACUCAUACUUUUAUGGUGACAAAUCAUUCACUGUUGGUGAAUUGGUUGUUGAUUCCAUUAGUUUUGGUUCUAAUGUUACAAUUCCUAAGUCUAUGUUUGGAUGUGGAUAUUACAAUAAUUUCACAGCUGAUACUAGUGGUAAACCAGUAGGAAUUGUUGGUCUAGGAGCAGGGCCAUUGUCACUAAUUUCACAACUUGGUGAUUCUAUAGGUAGAAAAUUCUCCUAUUGUUUACUUCCUUUUAAUUCAAAAUCAGCUAGUAAAUUGAAAUUUGGGAAUCAAGCUAUUAUAAAAGGUGACAGUGUUGUGUCUACUCCUCUCCUAAUGAACUCUUCUCAUCAUUUUCUUUACCAAUUCAAUCUUCAGGGCAUAACUAUCGGACAAAACACGCUUCAAACCGGUCGAACCGAUGGUAACAUGGUGAUUGAUUCAGGGACAACAUUGACACUUCUUGAACAACCAUUUUUUGAUAAUUUUCUAACUUCCAUGAAACUAACAAUUGGGAUUGAGUCAGUGGAAGAUGUUCCAAAUCCGUUACACUAUUGUUUUCCUUUUCAACCUGAUAUCGAAUUUCCUGAUACGAUCUUGCAUUUUAAUGGAGCUAACAUUACCUUGAAUCCUUUUAACAUGUUUAUAUUGUUCGAAAACAAUUUGCUAUGCUUGGCAGUAGUACCAUCCAAUAUCCAAGGUAUUUCCGUCCUUGGAAAUGUGGCGCAAGUUAAUUUUCAAGUGGAAUAUGAUCUUGAAGGGGAAAAGUUGUCUUUUGCUGCUAGGAUCCAACUUGGAAACUUGGGAUCUCAGCAGGAAGGAGCGGGAUUCUCUAAAAAGCCAAGGUCGCGGGUGGCCAAGAGGGCCCACUUGGAGACUUGGGAUCUCAGCAGGAAAUGCGAAGGUUGCUUAAAGCCGGCCGAUAGGCGAAAGAGAAUCAACUAG